AUGGACGACGCGAAAGCGAGGGGCUCAGCGAGCAUUGCGAGCAUACUGCACAAGAUGCGGGAGCAGGAGGACAACGCUGAGGUACAAGAAGCAGGAUGCGAGGCACUGCAAUUGCUGGUGCAGGGCAGCCUGGAGGCCAUGGACAAGACCGUGGAAGAAGGGGGAAUCGAAGCUGUGUCGACGGCGAUGACGAGGCAUGCGGCAGCAGUGAACGUGCUGAUCGCUGGCAACAAGGCGCUGGCAACGUUUUGUAACAACUGCGAUGUCAACGGCCUGAGGAUCCGAGACGCGGGGGGUAUCGACGCGGUGGUGGCAGGGAUGAAAGCGGAGCACGCCACGUCGAUCCUUGUGCAGGAAGCCGGUUGCAACGCCCUCUUGGCCCUGAUGCAGGACAACGAGAUCAACCGGACGAGGGUGAAGGAGGGAGGAGGGAUCGAUGCGGUGAUAGCGGCGAUGAGGAUGUUUGCGAGCGAUGCGGUCCUGGUGACGGCAGGGUGCGACGCGCUGGGCUGGCUGGGAUGGGAGGACGCGCACAGCCAGGGGGAGAUCAGAGAGAUGGGAGGGAUCAACGCGGUGAUGAGGGCGAUGAAGACCUUCAAGAUGUAUCCUCGUGUGCAGGAAGCUGGAUGCCGGGCUCUGGGGCGCCUGGGGAGGAGGAACAGGGUGAGCCAGGCCAAGAUCAGGGAGGACGGAGGGAUCGAGCUGGUGGUGGAGGCGAUGCAGACCCACCACAUGUCCUUGCUGCUGCAUAACGUGGGGUGUCGGGCCCUGCAGUACCUGGCGGAGAACAACGAGGAGAGUUGCUCGAAGCUGAGGGAGCUCGCCAAGAAAGUCUCAACAGCAAGAAACUUGACAUAG